AUGAACUCUCGCACGAUCCGAACCUCCGCAAAAAAAAGAGAUUCAAAUCUCGUCGAAUUUGCACCGAAUGAUCCCUCAGACCCUCGAAACUGGCCGGCAUGGCGAAAAUGGUCCAUCAUUCUGUCCAUUACGUUCGCAAAUUUCACAGUGAUCUGGAACGCAUCCGGAUACACCACUGCUUUGACGAUGUUUGAGGAGAAAUGGGGGACUUCUGCUGAAGUUGCUGUGUUGCCUCUGACACUUUAUGUGUUGGGUUUGGCUAUCGGACCCAUGCUUCUCGCGCCUCUCAGCGAGUACUUUGGGAGGACGCCAGUGUAUCUGUCGAUGUUUCUGAUUAGCGCCCUGUUUCUAUUAGGAACAGCUGUUGUCCCUACGAUCACUGGUUUCAUGAUACUGAGAUUCAUUACUGGUUUCUUUUGCUCAGCGUCCAUUGCCAAUAUUGGCGGAACGAUAGCUGAUUUGUGGGAUCAUCAUCAUACCGGAUUUCCCCUUUCCAUAUUCACACUCACGUCAGCCUCCGGUUCCUCUAGCGGAUACUUCGCAUACUCAUUCAUCGCCCAACUCCAUGGUUUGAAAGCAGUUCUCUGGGCGAUGACGGGAGUAACAGGAGGUUUCUUCGUCAUGCUCUGCCUGGUUUUGAACCUCAGCGAGACUCGACAUAGUGUCAUUCUUCGCCGCCGGGCUGCAAAAGCUCGCAAAGAGGCAGGGAACCAAGAUCUAGAAGUCGCGGAAGAUAUGAGGGCACAAAGCCUGAAGCACUUGAUCAAUAUCUCGUUAGCGAGGCCUUUUCAUUUCAUGUUCACUGAGCCUGUGAUCAUGUUCUGUGCUGCAUAUAAUGGGUAUUUGUUUGGAUUAACAUUCCUUUUCAAUGGGGCUUUUGCCUUGGUCUUUGGUUCUGAGGGCUAUGGCUUCGAUACAAUCGGAGUCGGACUUGACAACCUCGGAGUAGUUGCAGGCGUCUGCUUCGGUCCUCUCACGCAUCUCUGGCAGGAACGAUAUUAUCUUCGAAGGGUUCAGGAGGCUGGAGGAAAGAAUGUUCCCGAAGCGAGGGUUCAGAUGUCCAUGGUGGCAGCUGUGGUAUUUCCUGUCUCAUUGUUUUGGUUCGCGUGGACCACUUUUACCUCUGUUCAUUGGAUCGUGCCAAUUAUUGCAUCUGCUUUCUAUGGAUGGUCUUUCUACACUCUCAUCUUGAUGACGUUCAUGUAUGUCGAAGACACAUAUAAGGUCUAUGCAGCUUCAGCACUUGCUGGAGUGUGCUUUGCUAGGAAUAUUUUCGGGGGUGUCUUUCCAUUGUUCGGUACUCAGAUGUUCGAAAAUCUGGGAUAUAGAUGGGCAGGUUCACUACUUGGUUUCUUGGCGCUUGUUCUGAUGCCAAUUCCAUUUAUACUUGCGCGUUGGGGUCGUAUAUUGAGGAAGAGAAGUCCAUGGGCAAGGGAGCACAUGGAUGACCUUGAAGACUAUGAGAUUGAAGCUAUGGGUGUGAAAGUGGGACAUAAUUCGAGUUGA